CAAACAACAUAAAUUUUGAAUACGUGUAAAAUUUGAAAAUAAGUAGAAAAUGUUGCAAUAUCUAUAUAAUAUGUGAGAAGAUGGAUUUCGCAAAUCGCAAUAAUACGGCCAACAAAUUCGUCUGUCCCAGCGACAGGCAGCUGGCGCUGCGAGCCAAAUUGAAAGCCGGCUGGAGCAGCUCGAAGACGAAUGAGCCGCUGCGUCCGGAUGAGCAGGAGGCGAUAAUAUCGGUGAUACGGCGCAAUGAGGAGAUCGAGAUUGCGGAACGGCAGCGUGUGGGCCGCCUUGUGGAGCGCGUGGAGAAGAUCAAGCUGCACGCGGUGGAGCGCGGCCCCAACUGUUGUCGCCUGUGCGGCGAUGCGUUCGGCCUGCUGCGGCCGCAGCGCAUCAUUUGCGAGGACUGCCGCAAAUCCGUGUGCACCAAGUGCAGCGUCGACAUCAAUAUUAGGUAUCACAAUAGCGAGCGGACGCGCGAGAUUUGGCUGUGCCGCAUCUGCUCCGAGACGCGCGAGAUGUGGAAGAAGUCGGGCGCUUGGUUCUUCAAGGGGCUACCCAACUAUGACAUGCCCGUGCGCAGUCUCAGUGCAUCGAAUACGCCCACUGCCACGCCUAUAGCGGGCGGAGCAGGGCGGAGCAAGGCGGCAGCGGCGGCCGCAGUUGGACGCAGCCUGCAAGCGACACCGACGCGCGCAGCACGCAUCAAGAAGCUAACGAUACGCGUCAACGACAGCAGCAGCAGCAGCAGCAGCAGCGCCAGCGGCCAAUCCGAGCCGGAGGAGGAGCAGCCGGAUCAGUUCGCCAAGGCGGGCACAGCUGCCGCUGCCGCUGCCUCUGCCGGCUCACAGCGGCUGCAGCGUGACGAAAGCUUCCGGCUGCGCGCCUACGGCUCCAUACGCAGCUUCAUCGAUGGCGGCGAGCGCAAGCUAUCCAAUUCCUUCUUCUUUGGCCGCCAGGGCAAUGGGCGGCAGGCGGAUGGCCAGGACUAUGACAACAUCUCGACGGCGUCCACGGUCGCCCAGCUGCGACGCGAGGGCAGCUUUCUGCGCCGCAGCUCCGUCAGCUCCUCGUGGUCGUUCAGCGACAGCUCCGGCUCCGGCCAUUCCGCCACGCACAACCAAACCCCGCAGCAGCAGCAGAAGCAACAGCAGCAGCAGCAGCUGCAGCAGCAUUGUCGCGAUCCUCUGCUAGGCUGGCUGGAGAUUGCCAUCAGCUAUCGGGAGAGCUUCCACAGUCUGGACUGCACCAUGGUCCGUGCACGGGACUUGCCGGCAAUGGAUGCCGCCGGAUUGGCCGAUCCCUAUUGCAAGCUGAACAUUGUUACGCCCGAGGGGCAUACGAAAUAUACGCGCUGGCAGCGCACCAAAACGGUCCACAAGACCCGCAAUCCCGACUUCAAUGAGACGCUACAAUUUGUUGGCGUUGAGCCCGACGAGCUGGGCAAUUCCCUGCUCUAUGUGGCGCUCUUUGACGACGAUAAAUACGGACACGAUUUUCUGGGCGCCGCCAAGAUCUGUCUAUCCACGGUGCAUAGCACAGCGCAGUAUCGGAUAUCGGUGCCGCUGGGCGUGGAGGAUCAGUAUAGCACUGAGGCGGAGCUGGCGCAGAGCUGGCCAAAUGGCAAGAUGCUCAUCUCGCUGUGCUACAAUACGAAACGGCGUGCUUUGGUUGUCAAUGUGAAGCAGUGCAUCAAUCUGCUGGCCAUGGACAAUAACGGCAGUUCCGAUCCAUUUGUCAAGCUGCAACUGAAACCGGAUGUGCACAAGAACAAGAAGCACAAGACGAGCGUCAAAUGGCGCACACUGAAUCCCAUCUACAACGAGGAGUUCUAUUUUGAGGCCAGUCCGCAUGAUCUGAACAAGGAGAUGCUCAUACUGACCGUCUGGGACAAGGAUCUGGGCAAGAGCAACGACUUCUUGGGCAGCCUCCAGCUGGGCGCCCAAAGCAAAGGCGAUCGACUGCAGCAGUGGCUCGACUGCAUACGGCUGCCCGAUCAUUUCCAUGAGAAGUGGCAUUGCCUUGCCCCGGACAAUCCCGCACAUUAGCCAAAAUGCUGCGCCCGCCCAGCUGAUUCCAAUAUUAACAUAGUUUCAUAAAAUGCAUACCAUAUACUUAUAUAUCUAUAUAUAUACAUAUAUAUAUAUGAACAUAUAUUUUUGAUAUGCCUGCAUGCAUGUGUGCAUGUGCAUAUGUGUGUGCGUGUGUGUGUGUGUGUGUUUACGAACAAUUUUUUCUUUCUCGCAAAUGCUUGCUCAACAUAACCUCAAUUUGCUAAGCAACAUAACCUCAAUUCGCUUGCUGCUUCUUGCACACGCACACACACACACACACACAUAUAUAUAUACACUGUAUAUAGCUUUGUUUAAGUGUCCUUAAAAAGGGUUUAUCAACAAAUAACAACAAUUGUAUUUACUUUUUUU